GAAAGAAAAGUCGUUCAAUAUUCAUCUCCUAAAGUUUCAUCUUGUUAGUAAUUGUGAAAAUGUAUUUAAAUGGUUAUUUAUGUUGAGUUACAACUCUCAAUUCUUACAAAAGAAUGUCCAAAAUAAAUCCUGUUUUCACUUUCCACCCUGAUCGUUUUAACCGAGGAUUUCCCUGUGUUCCGGGUAUCCUCUGAGACGUCAUGGUCUCAACUGUCCAAAUAUGGUGUUAAAACGUCAAUCUAUGAUGUUAUUAAACCUAUCAAAAUGCUUAAAGGACCCCCUCAGUUGCCAAUAGGAAGCUCUGUUUACAGCCAUCUGCCCGCCUACUCUCCUGUCAGAAUAGCCGUGUUCUAUGUAGCCUAUGCUAGCAACUUUUGUUGAAGUAUCUCCUCAGAAAGUUAAUAUUUAUUAAUAUUUGUGUUUUUGGUCAACAUCGUUUAAGUUUUUGUAGUGUGUAGUGUGAUUGAAGUGUAGUGUGAUUGUUGUUUAGGAUAAUGUCUUUGUCUAAAGAAAGUAAGAUCGCUAAAGCUUUAAACGCUGUUGACGUUUCCAAUUUGCGCUCUGCUGCCGGUCAGCAAGACUGGAUAAAGUUAGUCAGUGACUUCUUCGUAUCUAGUGAUGUGUCAUCCUCGGAAAGUGACAGUGAUGUGGACAGUGAGUGUGAGUCAAGAUCUACUGAGCCCGAUAACGAUACGGACAGCGAUACAGGCGACAACAGCAAAAAGGACGACGCCUCAAGUGCACAGCCUGUCACUGACUUAGCUGAGGUAGAGCGGAUCAUGUCCAGCAGUGAAGCAGUGUCUGUAGGUACCGUUCAUGAAAACAGAGAUGAGGAGAUUACAAAAAUCCGUGCGUUUUCGUGUAAAGGCUGCAAGCUAAACAACGGGCACGAGUGCUUUAAAUCUUUCGACGAGGACUUCGUUUUCGACUUUAGGUUAUCCAUGGCAUCUCUUACCGAGUAUGAGAAAGACCUAAUUCUUCUGGGCAAAAUAAGCUGCCACUUCCAGAAUGAUAAAUUCACAUGUUCGACGAAGAAGAUUCAACAUGAACGUCAACAUCAGAGGACGGAACAUUAUUUAAAUGGAAAAAGAAUAUGCCGUGAAACAUUCAAGUUCCUACAUUGCAUCAGCCAGAAUAAACUGACAGCUCUCCUGAAACACUAUAAAGAACACGGCUUGACCCCUCGAGUUAAAAAGUCCGGAGGUCGUCAGAAAAGAGAUCAGAGACUGCUCACACAUGAUGACAUCUGCCGCGUUGUUUCCUUCAUCGUAAACUUUGCAGAGCUUCAUGCAUUGGUUCUCCCUGGUCGCAUCCCUGGGUAUAAACGCUUCGAUGUAAAGUUGCUGCCCUCUCAUUACACCAAGGCGUCCGUUUUUCGUGCUUAUGAAAGCGCGAUUAAGGCAAAAGAACAUCGUGUGGUAAGCCUGGUGACCUUCCGACGCCUGUGGAAGACUCUUGUGCCCUACAUUGUCCGGACAAAGCCAAUGACUGACUUGUGUUGGCAGUGCCAAAAGAAUAACUCCACCAUCUAUAAGUCUGCCAACCUGACUGAAGCAGAGAAAUCCAGUCGCUGCAGAAAUCAGGAGGAUCACCUCAUGAAAGUGACCCUAGAGCGUUCACUCUAUCAAGAGAUGGUACAGAAAGCCAGGGAUGCUGCGAACAACAAUGGCAUUCAUGAACUCUGUCCUUGUGAACCAUGCUCCCGGGACAUCACAAUGCACUAUUCCUUCGAUUAUGCACAGCAGGUGCAUUAUCCUUCUAACCCACUCCAGCCUGGUCCCAUGUAUUUUUUGACCGCUCGCAAGUGUGGCUUGUUUGGCAUCAACUGUGAGGCCAUACCAAGACAAGUGAACUACCUCAUCGACGAAUGUGUAUGCAUCACAAAAGGAUCAAAUGCGGUGGUGUCUUUCAUUGAUCACUUUUUCACCCAUUACGGCAUGGGUGAAAAGGAUGUCCAGCUGCACUGUGACAACUGUCCUGGACAGAACAAGAACAACACUGUGCUGCAAUACCUGCUAUGGAGAGUAUUUAAUGGUUUACAUGAAACCGUCUCAUUAGAUUUUCUCAUAGCAGGACACACAAAGUUUGCACCAGAUUGGGCAUUCGGCCUGUUGAAGCAAACGUAUCGCCGGAAGAUGGUGUCCUGUCUGGAUGACAUUGUGGAUGCUGUUAGAAGUAGCACACAGACUGGAGUCAACAUCCCUCAACUUGUCGGACAAGAAGAUGGCAAAGUCUUUGUGAAUCAGUGUGACUGGCAGUCCUUCCUCAAGCCCUACUUCCGACCUUUCCCUGCUAUAACCAAACAGCAGCAUUUCAGAAUGAGCAAAGACUAUCCUGGCUGGGUGUUUUACAAGCAAUAUGCCAAUUCUGAGGAACAAGGAAUCUGCCUGCUCAAAGCUGAUGCACCACCGAUGCAGAGACCACCUUUUGUCAAGCCUCCUGGUUUGGAUUUGAAACGUCAGAACUAUCUGUACCAACACAUUCGUGAGUUCUGUACUGAAAACACAAAGGACAUUACAUGCCCAAAACCAGCUGGGGAGGUCAGCUGUUUCACUGAGAGAGAAGCGAAGAAACAAAGAGUUGAAAUAUAAUUACAACUAUGUGUGUAUUACACUCUCGAUGAACUGGCAAAACAUGUCUAUAAUUUUUAAGUGUUCAUCAGUAGUGCCCACAUUCACUCUUCACAACGCUAAUUUGUAUCUGUUCAAUCUUUGUCAGUGCUCCACAAUCCAUGUCAAAGACCCUUCCUGGAAUAUCACUUACUGUCAACUGACAAAAAAAAAAUCUGUAUAGUCUUUAAUAACUCAUUACACACAUGUUCUCAUGUGCUCUGUCUCUCUCACUCACUGACUCUCAGUCACUCACUCUCUCACUCACUCAAUUUCUUUUGCUCUCUCAAAUUCGCUUGUUCUCUCAUUCACUCUCUUCCACUCAAACUCUCUCUGUCCCCCAUACACACCCACACACACUCUCUCCCACACUAUGCAGACAUUUUGACACCCUCUCUCAUUCUCUCAAAGGCCCUGAAGCCAAAAUGUAGCAUAUCUGCAUAAUCUUGUAAAUACUCACCAAUUUAUGUUAAAAGCGAAUUUUAUGGAAUAUACUUGGCAUUAUUAUGAACUUUGUUAUGAUGUGAAGUAUUUAAUAAUAAAUAUUUUGAAAUAUUU